UCAGUCACUAACUAUACAACAGAUUAUGCCCAACAUGCUUCCAACAAUGUCAAGACACCCUUCCCACAAACUUUCAAUAUCCCCCUAUAUAAAAACCCAACCCCCUCACCUCUUUUCUUUCACCCCCCCCUCCCAACAACCUUUUCUUCUUUCCAAUGGAACACCAAGUUCAAACCCAACAAAAAGGCAAGUUCAAGGAGAGGAGAAACAAGUUUGUUGGUGUAAGGCAAAGACCAUCAGGGAAAUGGGUUGCUGAGAUCAAAGACACUACACAAAAGAUAAGGAUGUGGCUUGGUACUUUUGAAACAGCUGAAGAAGCUGCUAGAGCUUAUGAUGAAGCUGCUUGUCUUCUUAGAGGUUCUAAUACAAGAACCAAUUUUGCAACUCAUGUUCCUACUGAUUCUCAUCUCUCUUUGAAGAUUAGGAACUUACUUAAUCAUAAGAAGAGCUUGAGGCAAGGGAAGAAUAAUAAUAGUAAUAGUACUACCAACUCCAACAAAAUCACCAUUAAAGCAAGUACUAUUGUUGGCAGUAACGACAGUAUUAAUAGUAGUAUCAGUAAUGCUGGUACCCAUAGUUUUAUGUGUGAUUCGUUGGUGUUUGAUGGUGCGUACAGGCCGGAGUUGAGCGGUUUUGUAGGGGAGCUUGGACCGGAUCCGUCACAGUUGGGGCAAUCCUGGAUGAUUCCAACAGGGUUUGAUCAGAUUCCUUUAAGCCAAGGACUGGAGUUGCCACAAGAAGUUGGUGUUUUGCCUCAAGGGAUUGAUCAAGAGCUCAUGGAAUUUGAACGCUUGAAAGUAGAAAGACAGGUAUCAGCAACUUUUUAUGCAAUGAAUGGGGUUAAUGGGUACCUUCAAAGUGCAGCAUUUGAUCCGAAUGAUGCUAUUUGGGAUCUUCCUACACUUUGUCACUUAUUCUGUCAAAGUUGAUUUCUCUCUUUCUAACUAUGAAACUAGAGGCUGUUUCUGUUCCUAGUGUUUAGAAACAACAAUUUUCAAUGUCUGAAAUGAAAA